AUGUGUUGUAAAUUUGUGAAUUUUGUUGGAAUUAAAAAUAAAUGGAAAGAAAUUGAUAGUGGAAGGAGUAAAUGUUGUUCUAAAAAUUGUAUAAAUACAAACAACCCUAUUGGUAAUUGUAUUAGAGGAUAUGGAUUUGGAAAUUUAAUUAAUGAUGAAAAUAUUAAAUAUUUGGUGGGGGAUGGAGUUUAUGAUAAUGAUGUUCUUGUUUAUGCUGAAAAUCCAUUUAAAAAGCCACAAAAGUCUUUUAAUUAUUCUUUACAUUAUUUUGAAAUUAAAUGUAAAUUUGAAAAAGAAUUAAAUGGUAGCAAAUCAAUUAUUAAUAUUGGGCUUAGAAAUUGUAGUACAGACUAUAAUUAUAUUUGUUAUGAAACCAAAUAUGGUAUAAUAUAUAGGGCACGAUCAUUUAAACUUUCCACGUUCUCUUGGAAUAAUAAUGAUAUUUUUGGGUGUGGAUUAGUUUAUCCUCCAACUAAUAAAUUAAAUGAAGAAUUUCCUUAUGUUUUCUUUACUCAAAAUGGAAGACAAAUUGGUAAAUUUGUAUUUAAUUACAUUAUUAUCACAAAAUUAUUCCUUAAGGUAAAGCUGUAUUGCUAA